GGGCGGUGCUGUGGCGCCGUGCGGGAGCAGGAGCGGGGCUCGGUGCGCUCGCGCCGUUCCUCGGCCCUCAUGGCUCCUGCCCGCAGGAAGGCGGCCGCGGGCGCGCGCGGCAGGAAGCUGAGCGCCUUCCUGAAGGACUUCGACCGGGAGGGUAGGCCGCGGGCGGGCGCGCCGAGGCCCGGGCCGCGUCCGACGCCGUGUCCGUCCCCGCAGUGAGGAGCCGGGUCGAGCAGCUGCGGACGAACGGGGAGCGCCUGGUCAAGGAGAUGGAGAACCUGUACGACGUGGAGCUCCUCCGGCUGCCCGCGGCGCUCCGCGAGAUGAACUGGCUGGAGUUCUUCGCUAAAGGGGGAAGCCAGAAAGUCGUGGAGGAGGCGGUGACGGAGAGGAGCGCUGCUGCGAUAGCGCGGGUUACGCACGCAGCUGCUGCGUUAAGACUUAGCAGGAGGAGAUCCUGUGGUGUCCCCCGCAGGGCUUGCGUGCUCGCGCUGCUCCUUGCCUGGCUUGCCAGGCCUGCUUAAUUUCACGGACAAUGUGAACAACGGGAUUCUGUUGGUUUGAACGUUCCAGAAACUUUGAGGGGGAGAAAAGGAGAAGGGUGGGAGGAGGGAACCCGUGAAAACAUCUCUCUGCCCAUUGACAGAUUCCCUGGGAAGAAGGCAGUGGAGGGAAUGAAAGCAUUAGCACCCUCGGGACUUUGAAGUAACUUCUGAGGCUCAAACUGUGCCGCGUUGUAUACGAACACCAGACGGGUGUCCCAGCUGUGCUUUUCGGGCUCUCGUAUAUUUAUUUUUAUAUGUAUAUAUACACACAGAGCUUCAAAGAACAGAGUGUCAUUCUCAGAAAUGUUCCAGUAGGUUCGAAGUAACGUAAUCUCUCCCUUGCAGGUGACGCUGACCGAGCCUCAGGAGCCCCGGGCGGCACGUGGCUAGAAGUGAGAGCUCAGUCCAUCUGCAGGUGUCGGCAGCGUGCGCUACGGCUUUGUACUGGUUGGGGUGCGAGGCCGAAAAGGCGUGGCGGGCGUGGCUCCAGGCCAGCCAGGAGAUGUCACAGCACAGAUGACAUCACCCGGAGCCCGUGUGCUGUCACAAUGCAUUGCCAUGACGACGCCGGGCCCUCCCCAAGGACAGCUGGCCGCUGGCUCCAGGCGCCUCAUUUGUGAGCUGUGCUGCCCGCAGCCGCUCGCCGUGCCCUGUGCCUGAGAGCAGCCCCAGCAGCAGACUAGCUCAGCCUCAUCGCGCUCGUCCUCCAAGGCUCAGAGAGGUUUGGAGGCACAUGCCUGCCAGCAUGGACGGAGCCUGGGUGGGGACCUGGAGACCUCAUCGCCCACGCGGCCUCAUCUCGGCCCAGUUCCCCAGCCCCGGGCCCCAGUACUCCAUCCCGGGGACAACAGGUUAUGUGGGCCACAGCCCCACCAAAGCCCGUGCCCCCGCCUACACGUUUAGAGGGACCAAACCGCCUGCGGCAGGGAGCUGCGGGCCAGGUCCCUGCUACUUUGUGGAGCCCGCCAUCACCAGGAACGGGAAGUACGUGGCUCCGGGCGCCCAGCUCCGGGGACGACCCGCGACGAAGACCACCGUCACUCCCGGACCAAGUGACUACCGCACCGAGGCAGCCAACAGGCACGUCUUCAAGUGCCCACCGGUGCAGUCCAUGGCCUUCCGGCGGGAGCCCCUCCGGACAGACCACCCUCCAGGUCCUGGCACCUACACGCUGCCCAGGCUGAUGGGGCCCAACACAGUCUACACAUCGGCCAGCCCCUGCUACUCUGUGAGGGGAAGGAGCCAGCGAGGUCGGUUUGACGAAGACCUUGCCAAGACUCCGGGUCCUGCGGCGCUCCCCAAAGUGCCUGUGGAUGCCUACAAGACCAGGGCGCCCGCGUACACGAUGGCAGCCCGACCAAAAGCUGGAGAGGGCAAAGCAGCGAAGCCCGGGCCGGCAGACUACAGCGUAGGCCGGGUGACGCUGAUCAAGCCCCAGGCGCCUGCAUCCACGUUUGGAAUCCGGCAUUCCCUCUACACAACCCCUCUCAUCGUGGAGUGAAACAACAAAGCCUGGAAGGCCUGGUUUCCUUUCCUGGAACGGAAGGGGAGGGGAAGAGAGAGCGACCAUCUGCCGGUUUCCCUUUGAUUCCAUUUCCCUGCCUCGUGCCUCGGGUUGGGCUUUUGCCCAUUUUACUGUUGGAUGCUAGCAAUAGGAGUAAGUCGUUAAUAAAAUGUACCUUUAUGUAUA